CUCUUUCGCUGGUAUGGGGUGUGCUGGUGGUUAAUACUAAUAUGGAUACAUCCUGUUAGCGCGAUGUGUCCGACCGGAUGUACGUGCAGACAGAGUGACAAAGGACGUAGGAGGGUCUCGUGUCCUAAGGGAGGAAUGUUAGAUCCAAUACCAAUACAGGACAUGUCGCCCGACAUGGAAGUGUUAGAUAUAUCAGCGCCGGCCGACAACUGGAACAAGUUGACAUUGGGGCCGUUGUUUCAGAAUUUCAAGUCUCUCCAAGAGCUCCACAUCACAAGAUCUAAUAUACUGCAGAUAGGGAUGCACGCCUUCUGGGGCGUACCCUCCCUGCAAGUGCUCAACCUCUCGUUUAACAACAUUACCGCGGUGUUCGAUCACAACUUUCGGGGCUUAGUGAACUUAAUCGAGUUAUAUCUGAACGAUAACCGAAUACAUAAACUACCUAUGGGUUCGUUCAAACACCUCUCCGAGCUCAGAGUUCUGAACCUCGAGCGCAACCAGAUCGCCGAUUUGGUACCGAGACUCUUCGUUAAACUCAGUAAACUGGAAGUGCUCAAAUUAAGUUUCAACCCGGUACUCGAACUUAACCCAGAAGUCUUCAAGGACAUACCAGAACUCCGCGUGCUGCAGUGUAGAGGUUGCGGUCUCCGCAGGAUAAACACCCAGAUAUAUCACCUGCUGCCUUACCUCAGCCACCUCGACUUGGGGAACAAUAGGAUGCAGUUCGUGGAGGCCGACGAGUUCGUGGAUCUCCAUCGAUUGCGAGUGCUGCGAAUGGACGGUAACCAGCUGCCCGUGGUGCUGGAGAAGACUUUCGUGAAUAACGUCCAUCUGCGUUCGCUGUGCUUGGCUCGCAACAGACUGGCAAAAGUGACCAACGAAGCUUUCCUCAAUCUGACCAAUCUCGUCGAGCUUGACAUCAGCUACAACAAACUGGAUAAGCUCGAGGGAGAGUCGCUGCAGCCGGUGGCCGAUAAACUGCAGAAGCUCCUGAUCAGCGGAAACCUGUUCGGAUUGCCUGUGAUUAGAACGGCACUUCAGAUCGCGUCGAAGGUAAACGAUCUCGGUUUGGCAGACAUGAAGAUCGCCGAAAUACCGGCCGGACUACUGCCCGAUCACAUACAGAGGCUUAACCUGUCCGGCAACUAUUUAAGCAACGUGAGUUUGCAGAUGUUGCCACUGCAACUUGUUGCUUUGGAUAUUUCCAGGAAUAAGCUGCGAGGUCUGAAGGAGCACGUCAUUAUGAGAUUGGAGGAACUGGAGGAGGUGCGUUUAGAGAAUAACUCUUGGUCCUGCGACUUGUGCCAUAUAUCACCGAUGCUCUUCAGGGCGAACCAGAGCCGCGUCCUGAAGGGUGUUAAGUGCGCGACCCCGGCCUCCCUGAAGGGAAGACUUUUAAGUAGUUUAAGUUAUGAGGAGGUGAAAGUCUGCGACGAAGGGAGGAGCUCGCAAUCCGAGUUCGCCACUUUCGUAAAGAACAAACUCGCCUUAAUUAUCGGCGGCAGCGGACUACUAUUGUUCCUUAUCUUUUGUAUACUCUUUGUCGUUAUUUCUUGUAUACGUAGGCACUCCAUGCACAACAGGAAUCAAGUCAUCAAAGACAAAGAGGACAUAAGAUUAGACACUGCGGCGGCUAUUUUCGUCGGCAGCAAGAACGAAAUCACCUUCAAAUUCCCGCUGGAUCUCACCGAGCGCAAAGUCUCCGUUUCAACUAUUGAUGAGAUGAAGAAGGACACGUUACGUACGUUGCCGAACGGCACGGGCAUCUAAAACUUCCAACAUAUCGCCUCUAUUUACCAGACGUCGGAAUGGGGGGGGGGCGGCGGCUGAACGGGCGAAGAGUGUGUGUCUGUCGGGAGUGGCUGAAUUAUUUUCUCCGGCUCAUUAAUCAUAUUAACUUGAUGACAUUCUGCUCGCUUAACCAGUUGAAACUUAUUAAUGGAUUUUCUUAAUUGCUCGCGAAAUUGCUCAGAAUUAUGCGUACAACGAAAGCAAAACAUAUAAAAAGGAUUGCAAACGAGCUUCUCAUUUUCUCAAAUUAAGAAACUAUUUUACAAGCCUUUCCUACACACAUUUUCAAAGAUAAAUUUGCGUAAUUAUAAACAUUUCAUCAAUUAAUCAAUUAAUAUACAUAUUUCUUUCUCGCCACAUAACAGUUAAAGUAAAACAAAAACAAAGAAACUAUUGUUAGUUUAGUAAACGAAUACAAAAGUCUUCUAAUUGUACAAGUUCUGGAUGAUGCGAAUUGUUUUUUCCCCGUUCCGUUCUAGCGGUGUUUGUUCCGCUAGCCUAGGGAAUAAUUAAUUUCAAUUAAGGAGACAACAAACAAAACGGCUUCAGAUAAAUCGGCUUUUUUCUUUGGCGCGAAAACACACUCUUCUCCCCUCCUGUCGCCCAGUGUUUUUGAUUCGAUUAAACACCAACAACAGGCGAUUAAUUGUGAAUUAUGCUUGAUCCUCGAUCACUGCCACAGACGGAGGAACAGAAUCAUGAAUCAUCGCUGAAAUUGAAACAGACCGCUUCACUCGAAUCAAUGAAAUAGGAGAAAUGGACAUCAAACAUAUCCGAGAAAGUAAUUUAUUCUGAAAGGAUCGAGACUUUAGUGAAUUAUAGUGCCUAUAUUUUUGCAAAUAAUUAUAGUGAUAAGUUUAUCAUUAAACAUAUGUGAUUUAGUUUUUAAGGGACCAUGUGGUGAUUUCUCUUUUCUUUGUGUGUAUAUAUAUAAAUAUAAAUUUAGUAAAGAAGAUUAUUUCGGGAAUUGCAUUUCAUGGGGCGAUGCGCACAAAAACCUUUAUUCAAUUUACUUACGUAACAUCCAAUAGUCCAAGUUUUCCCGCUCAGGAAAAUCUUUAAAUGCAAUUUUCAGAAAACUUACUUUUUUUUUUCUUGCCACAUAAAAUAAUGUCUUUGAUAGAACCGUGAAUGAGUUUGUGUCCGCAUUAGGAACUUGAUGAAACUGGCAUUGAAUCUUCGGUUAUAAUCAAUAUAUUGUCAAUCUGUAUUAACAAAAAAGAAAGCAGCCAAAGAACGUUGUAAUCUCCAAGGCGGAGGCGGACAGAUAUUUAUUAAUUUCCCGAGCGAAAAGGGGAUUAUGGGUCUCCCGUCUAUAGAUACAUGGUAUUUACUUAAAAUUUUCAUUUCCCCUCCAGACUGUAGAGAAGCCACUGCCACAGCAGCCAGUGCCAUCCAGUGUGGCGGUACGUAAUCAAGCAAAUUGAUAUUUGGACGGUUUUUGGGCUCAAUAUUGUUUCGCUGCGGUUGAUAUAUUAAUACAGUGAUCAAAUGAAUUAUGAAAUAUUGCACGCUACACACCCCGACAACUCAGCAAUACAUCAAGCGAGGCUUCCAUUUAAUAUUAAUCAUCGCCUCAACAUCGCUUCCAUCUCAGGUUAUGCGCGGGCGGCCUCCUCGAAAUCUUGUUGUUUCCAUUUACAUUUUAAUACUUUACACACACACACACACCCGCACGCUAAUCGCUCAGCAAUUUACAUUUUACAACGACUCUUAAUUACUAUGGAAACCUAUGGCAAUUCCUCUGACUGCCUUAAUCCGAUUCCCUAUCCAGAUUCAAUUUCACUUUCAGCCUGGUAUUGUCAUACUCCAACAAUGACUAACGCCGUACCUCGCAUGCAUAAUGUUUCAGAUUAAUUAAAUUCUGUUUAAAUUUAUCAUCGUCUCAUUUCUGCAUAUUACAUGUCACUGCUUGCAUACUACAAAGCAAAUGUAUUUAAUUAUAUAAUCAAUUACAUCAUAUUUAAGAACUUUUUAAA